AUAAGAAUAUUACUUAUAAAAAUGAAAUUCUUAGUGAUCAAGACAUCAUAAAUCUUACAAGACAUUCAAAUAAACCUGAAAGCAGGGAGGAACCAGAUGAUAGUAUAGAAUUGCAUAACUAUAUACAUAAAGAAACACUUGAUGCAUUGGAUCUAAUUACUCAAUAUCUUUUACAACAGAAUAGUGAUAUAACAGAGUAUAUCAAGAUGAUUUCAAAAGUUAGCCAA